AUGGAGCAAGGCGCGUUUGUUGGGAAUAUCGCUGUGGAUUUGGGCCUGAACGUACGGCAAUUGUCAGCUCGCAAAUUCCGACUGAACUCUGAUGAAGGAGGGCGGUGCAUGGAGAGCAGCAUUGUCUUGCAGAUAUCGGAAGCUAGUGCACCCGGUGUAGGUUUCCGACUUGAGGGCGCGGAUGAUCCCGACAUUGGUACAAAUACCGUGGCCGCUUAUACAAUCAGUUCCAGUGAGCACUUUAGUCUAAGAACACAGAAAACCGAAGACGGUAUUAUAAUUGCCGACAUGCUGUUAGGGAAAUCUUUGGACCGAGAGCAGCAAUCAUCAUUUCAACUCUUGCUUGCGGCGACUGAUGGUGGAACCCCUCAGAGAUCAGCCACAGCUCAGAUUCUCAUUACUGUAUUGGACAACAACGAUAAUCCACCUGUGUUCGAUCAUGAUAUUUACAGAGGCAGCGUAAGUGAGAAUGCGUCGCGGGGUACGUUGGUGCUGGAAGUCAAAGCAAAUGAUUUGGACGAAGGACUGAAUUCGGAGCUGACAUAUUGUUUUAGUGAUAUUUCUUUGAUAAGAGCGCGAAAAUUAUUCAGUUUAGACCCAGUUACUGGGGAGCUUCAAGUCAAAGGGCUUCACGAUUUUGAACAAGUAAACAGCUAUUCUCUGGAUAUUCGAGCCCAGGACCACGGUUCCCCUGCAAUGACAGGACACUCCAAAGUACUGAUCAAAGUCACUGAUGCGAACGACAACGCACCUGAGAUAAAGGUAACAUCACCUUGCAACAAAAUCCCGGAAAAUGCGCCACCAGGAAGUUUCAUAUGUCUGAUUAAUGUGAUGGGUCGUGAUUCUGGAGCGAACGCCUGGGACUUGGGGUCGCCGGCACUCUCAUCAAAGAAACCCAUCCAGAUUGCAAUUUCGGACGUUAACGAUAACGAACCACAAUUCGCAGAGUCAUCCUACAACAUAUAUAUAAUGGAGAAUAACGCUCCGGGUGCGUCCGUUUCCACAGUAACCGCAACAGAUCCUGAUCUGGAUCAAAAUACCUAUAUUUGCUACUCCUUUCUCGAUAACCAUAUCCAAAACGUGCCAAUAUCCACUUACCUCACUAUCAAUUCAAUUAACGGAACCAUUUACGCACUGCGUUCCUUUGAUUACGAGGAACUAAAAAACUUCCAGAUCCAUGUUCAAGCCCGUGACGCCGGGGUGCCUCCGUUGAGUAGCAGCGCCAUGGUGAACGUGAUCAUCCUGGAUCAAAAUGACAACGCGCCGGUAAUAGUUUCACCUUCAGAACAAAGUGGCUCGUCAGCAGUGGAUACCGUACCCCGGUCAGCGGGUCAAGGGUACUUGGUCAGCAAGAUAAUGGCAACGGAUGCAGAUUCUGGUCAGAACGCACAGCUCUUUUUUCAGAUAGUGAAAUCUACCGACCCCGGUUUGUACAACGUUGGACAACGUUCCGGAGAUGUUAGAACAGCGCGCAAUAUUUUCCAGUCCGACACUGCUGUACAAACUCUAGUCAUCUUGGUCAGGGACAAUGGGCAGCCAAGCCUGUCCAGCACAGUUACAAUGAACAUUCGAGUUUUCGAGAACAGCACUGAAGGAAUCACCGAAAGCAGUACAUUGGUGACGAAUCCAGUAUAUUUCUCUGAUCCAAAUGUUUACUUUAUCAUAAUUUUCAGCUACACUUCCGUUGUGUUUCUUCUGAUCAUCGUUCUGUUGAUUGGCAUCAAGUGUAAACAGGACAGAAGUAUUAUCCAAGAGUAUAACACCCCCAGUUAUUGUUACAAUGGUGGAGAGUUGCACGAUACGUUUAAUGGAAGACCUGCCAUAGAGGAAACUUUACGCUAUCCCAGGACAGGCCGGGUUGUCCGCGUGCCGGAACCGCAUCAAUACUCGGUCUGCCUGUCUCCAGAGUCAGCGAAUAGUGAUUUUCUCUUCUUGAAGCCAUGCGGCGCUCCCACGUCUCAGGCCUAUUGA